AUCACAAUUUACAGCAAGAGAUUAUGCUGUUAUACAUUGGAAUAUCAUAUAACAGCAUACCUACAGAUAAUUCGAAAAUGUUCUAGAAACAUAUAGGUAUUUAUGCACAUGACAACAUGCAGAAGUUAUAUAGUGAUUUUAUCGGUUAAUCAGCUAUAUUAUUGGAUUUAGAGAAAAUUCUGAUAAUUAUGCGGUCCAGUAUAGGUGAAAAUAUAAGUAUCUCCAUAUUCAUGUUUGGCUACCAAAUUUAAAAAGACUAAUGAUAUAUGUAUGUAAGUUCAUACAUACAUAUGUAAGUAGCUUGCACAUGAAAAAUCUUUUUGAAAUUAUUUUGUUGAUAUGUUCAAAGGUUAUAUUUUUAAACAAUUUAAUAAAAAAUUAACUAAAAAAAUCAAGAUAGCGUAUGUAAAAAGUUUUUAAUUUAGACAAAUUUUAAAAUUAAAAACAAAGAUGUUUCACAAUAUUCACUAUAAAAUAUUGCUGUGUGAGUUAAUCCAAGUAAGCUUAGUGGAAAGUAAAUUAUACAAACAAAUGUAUCAAUACACACUAAAUUUAUGUAUAAAAACAUAAUUUCAUUAGCAACUUUAGUGUGGGACAGCGCAGCGGAGAGCGCUAGUAAGGAAAUUAUAUUGCCGACAUUGAAUUGACUUAAUUUUAUUUAACAUACAUAUGUACAUUUUCUUUCGGUAAGGUAAUUUUUAGAGGCUGGCUGAAUUUAAAUAAAACAACUGACCAGCCUACACCAUACCAAUGCUAAAACUUGCGUCUGCGCCCUUUAGCAAAAAAAAUGUUUGAAGAUGAUGUGGCCUUUUGCAAAUCGAAGGUUUAUUUACGAAACAACCAGCGAAAUGGAGAGCAAAGACACUGUUUAUACAAAUAAAUCAUGCGCUCAAACUUUUGCCGGCAGUGAUUUGGGCAUACAGAAAAAGGGGCAGGUUUUGGCGCGCUUUUUUGGGAAAAUGUGUGAUGCCUAAAAAGAUGAAUCACAAAUGUUUAUACAUUCAUUACAUGCAUACAAAAUCAGAGCAAGCAACAACAUUGAUACUGAUGUUGCUGAUGCAAUUUCAGAUCUCUAUCGCCGAUAAACAUGUAAUAAAUAUAACAUGUACAUUUGUAGGCAAAUAAUGAUGUUUUUUUUUAUUAAAUUACAAUAAAAACAUUACUUUCAUUUUUAGAAAUUUUAGAACGGCAAUUGUGUCAACGGGAGGCCUUGAAAUACACAGCCCUUAAAAAAAUCCCCUGAUGAUGAAUAUGCAUUAAUUACUAGAAGUUACUGAAAUAUAUAAGUUAUGUUAAAAAUAGUUCUGCUGUUUUUAGAUUUUAAAAAUCCAGUGCUAAAAUGUAUACCGAAUGUAACCAGACAUUUACAUAUUUAUGUAUGUACAUAGGUAACUGAGUUGUGUUUGGAAUAGCCUGAUAACCAAAUCGUUCGUAUGUAUGUAUAUAAUUUUUUACUACAUAUUUAUAAACGUAAAUUGCUUCUAUGACUCAUGCACUAAUUGCAUUUAACAAUUAACGAAAGGUAACGCACUGAAAAUACACGAUUACUGUUGUCAUAAUAAAAAAUAUAAUAAUUCAUACAUUGCACGAGCGUUUACCAGUGAAAUUGUUGCAUUUUGCUAUAUUUAUAAUUAUAUAUUUUAAACCUUACAGAAGCAAAUAUUGUUGAGAUUGUGGAUUUCAUUUAAAAAUUGAUAAUAUAUGACUAUUGUAUAUAACAACGCUAGACGGUCGUUUAUCCGCACUUGACGUCAGCAAAGGUGGUAAAUUACAUUGGAGCGUGCCAACCAGUCCCGGACCGCUCAUAUCGUCUAGCAUACAUCGUCUUGAAUUGACAAAUAAUGGACAAUUCGUGCGUAUGAUACCUUCCUUGAGUGGGGGCAUUUAUAAAUUCGAUGGUGAUUCCAUUGAUCCCAUACCGAUAACCACAGAAAAUUUGCUUAGCUCCUCGGCGAAGUUCUCCGAUGAUUUGGUAAUUUCGGGUGGCAAGGAGACACGCACAUAUGGUGUAUCCAUACGCACGGGUCAACUGUUGUACGAGUGUUCAAUGAAUGGCUGUAUUAAUUCAACGGACGCGAGAGAGUCUGCAACUGGCGACGAUAAAAAUGGUAAUACAAUAAGUGGUGAUGAAACGCAAAUAGAACACAAUCCCCUCGUUGAUGAUGUGAUUGUUGUGCGUCGACAGACGCAAACUGUACGCGCUGUGGAAUCGCGUACCGGUGUAGAACGUUGGAAUUUCAGUGUGGGUCAACACGAGUUGAAUAUGAUUAAACCGGCUGAAUGCCACGAUCGUCCAUACAGCGAAAUGGAUAUGGCCCUGCUGGAUUUGGAUAUAAAGGUAGUGGUGCCGGAGGGUAUAAUUUGCGCGUUCAGCAAGACAGAUCCGAAUGCAAUGCUGUGGAAAUACAAGUUUGAUCAUCCCAUUGUGAGUGGUUGGAAGAUUGGCGUAGAUGAUGAGCUGGAAACAAUCGAUUUGUUUAGCUCCGCUCAGUGGAUAUGGGACCAUACAGAUAAUAUAUUCGAUCCGCCCAUACAAUGGAUGAGUCCCUCGAUUUACCUCGGCAUGUAUGAUAAGCAAUUGUAUAUACAGGAAUCGGUUACUUUGCGCCGUGAGAUCGACGUUCAGUCAAAUUUAUACACACACUUAACAACUGACUCCCCGAUGCCGGUAAUACCGUGGCGCCCCAUACCAGCUAGCAGUAACUCUUUGGCAUUAAUAAAGAAUGAAAAGGUGCUAACAGAUGAGAAGCCGGUGGAGUCGUCAAAUGGAGUUACCAUACUACCGAAUAUAAAUGAAGCUAUACAAGGCAAUGAGUUAGUACCUUAUGAUGAGGAAAGAUUCGCGGUGUCAGCACAGUCUGUACUUAAUGCUUCUGAGUUUGUGAAUGGUAAUGGUUUUUAUUUAUAUUCUCGUGAAGAUAUGAAUCAAAAUGAAAAUGUACGCUGCAUAACCGAAGAGGAAGACGAAGAUGAGGCAGAAGGAGAUGAAGAAGGCGACAUGGAUUUAGAUGAUAAUGCGGAUGAUGAUGAUAUUGGAAUUGCUGUGAAUAACACCAAUCAUUCCGGCAGCGUUGAUUUGGGUUUUAGUCUUGACGAUAUCGAUGCACCCGUUAAGGUUGUCAUACUGUCACUAUGGUUUUGGUGGAAGGAAGUUGUUGUAAUCGCCUUGACCACUGCAGUACUAGUGAAUCUAUUUCUGGGACAACGCCAGCGUCAAGAAGUUUUGGUAAUUGAACGUCAUGUGCCAGUACCCACCGCUUAUGAAGCGACCGAACAGUCCACAGUUGCGCUUUUGGGACCCACAAUGGAUUGCGUGAACGGGACUGUGAAUGCUUCCGCCAAUGUACAUCGUUCACUCUCAGAGUCGACCUCUUGUUCGGGUGAGCACUUCAGUUCGCGUUUCCUCAGUGAUUUCGAUUUGAUGCACUGUCUGGGACGCGGCGGUUUCGGUGUUGUCUUCGAAGCGAAAAACAAAUUGGAUGACUGCAAAUACGCCGUGAAGCGUAUAACCUUACCAAAUAAGAAGGAAUCGCGCGAACGCGUUAUGCGUGAAGUGAAGACCUUAGCCAAUUGCGAACAUCAGAAUAUUGUACGCUACUUUCAGGCUUGGGUUGAAACCCCACCGCCUGGCUGGCAGGAGGAAGAGGACAGUAAAUGGUUGGCACAUGAGAUGUCCAUGUCCAUACAAAUUGAGACGCCCGACGGCACAACACUGCCUUCCAUCGAAAAUGCAGCACUGCCGCAGCAGCCGCCGCGACGUCAAUUGCAGGUCGAACGCAAACGUCAAUUGCUCUCUUGGAUGUCUAGCCUGAAUAAUACGGACUGUGGCUCCGAACAUUUUCAUGACAAUUGCAUUGAAGAAGACGAAGACGACGAUUCAUGCAUUAUCUUUCGCUCAGAGUCACAGUCGCUGGCAAUGAAAUGUAGCGAUGAAAUUGAUGAUGAGAGGGAGAGCGAUAGCGACAGCGAGGAAGAAAGCAAAACGGAUAGCACUAAAAAGGAUAAGCAAGUGAAUGGCAACAAGUUGCAUAGAAAUUCCAUUUCUAUUGAUAUUCAUUCCAAUUUAUUUGAUAUGAGUUUGCCAAAGAACGGCAAGAAUAUGGAUUACUCACAACUCUCCGACUCGUUUCAAAUUGAGUUUGUGCGUUCGGCGAACGGUGACGAAACCAACGAAGAUAGCGGUUGUGCUGGCCAAACGAAUGAUGCUGAUGUGUGGACUUCCAAGGAUCUGGAACGUUCGUUGAACGACAACAACUACACAACAAACACUAAAAUAAAACAACGCCCCGCCUCCUUGGAACUGGGCAAAGUUGACAUAAAUAUUGAGAAUAGUAAUAAUAGUAAGGCACUGUUGCCGGUCUCGUCGCUGUUGCAAGCCACACCAAAGCCGCAACAAAACAAGGUCUAUCUGUACAUACAAAUGCAGUUGUGCCGCAAGGAGUGUCUACGCGAUUGGCUGCGCGAAAAUCGCUGUGAGUCACGGCAAAGUCAUGUCGCCAGCAUUUUCCACCAAAUUGUCGAUGCGGUGGACUAUGUGCAUUUAAAGGGGCUCAUACAUCGCGAUCUCAAGCCCAGUAAUAUAUUCUUCUCACAAGAUGGUCAAAUAAAAAUCGGUGAUUUUGGACUCGUCACCGACAUGUCCGAUAUACCAAACAUGGUGACAAAGUGUGGCGACACCACUGGACUACCAUCGUGCGCGCGUCACACACAACAGGUCGGCACACAUUUGUAUAUGUCACCCGAACAGCUGCGUGGCCAACACUACGACUUUAAGGUGGACAUUUAUUCGUUGGGUUUGAUCUUCUUCGAGUUACUCGUAUUCUUCGGCACCGAAAUGGAGCGCAUUAAAACAUUGCGCCAGCUCCGGGAUGGCAGCUAUCCACUGGAGUUUCCACAUAACUAUCCCAAGGAACACGAGCUAUUGCAAUUGAUGCUGUCCCAACAACCAACCGAGCGUCCGGCGACAACAGAGUUGAAACUGAAAUUACUCGAUAUACUUAAAUGGCCAGACUUCACUGCGGCUGACGGCGAUCCGGUGGCUAUGGUGGCAGCGGCGGCGCGGCGCUACAGUCGCAGUCGGACGCUAAGCAGCAGUGAUGCGUAAGAAUGUCUUACACACACACAGAUAACUUGAUUGUCCGUGUAGUUAGUUAAUUUAUAAGUUAAUUUAAGUAAUUUAACGUUUAAUUGUAUGCGUAAUAUAUAGAAGGGUUUGCAAAGAUCGCCAUUAAUCGCGUUAAAAUUGAAACUUUAAGCCAAACUUAUGAGAAUCAAGAUUGCAGUUGCACUUGAAAAAGACUUAGCUACUAUUUUUACAAUAUACACACAUAUGUCCAUAUGUGGAUGUGUGUGCAAAUUUUUUUAAAUUGGUAAAUGAAUUGAAAAUGGUUGUAAACCGACUUAGUCUCGUGGCUUUACGUGCAUAUGUGUCGACUAUAUAUGUACUCGUGCUAUUUAGUUUUUAUUUUCUGUUUCCGUCAAAACGUGCGCCAUCAAAUUUUACAUUAUUAAGUUGAAACGUUGAGUAUGCAAGUUAACGGCGGGCAAUAGAUUCAUUCUCAAGUAAAUAAAAUACUGCAAGUAUUACUAAUCCCACGAUUGAUGUGUCUUUCAAAUUUAAAUAAACUUCAUACUAUGUCGUUUUAAAAAAGUCUACGAAAUUUAUCAUAUUCAUUUAUUUUCGUGUUUCGUUCAUCUACUCACAUCCUGUUUAAAUGCUUUUGACCUUCGCCUGAACAGGUGGAACAUUAAUUUAAGCACAUACUAUACAUACACCCAUACAUACCUAUGUAAUUAGUAGUAUUUUGACUACCCUGUAUAUUUAAUAAAAAAUAAAACGAUAAUAAAAACAGUUAAAUAUGUUA